AUGGCUCCACAUCCGAUGUAUUCUGUUGGAUAUUGUGGAUAUUACGGAAUUUCUAUGAUGAUGGCCAGCUACACGGUCUUAUUUGUUAGUCUCGCUGCUCAUGCUGCUCAAUUUGCCUUUUUGGUUUUUGUCGAAAAUCCACAUAUCGAUAAAAUCUACAACGACCCAAAGCCGCUAAGGGCCAAACUAUCCCCAUCGCCCAAAGCUCUACUUGCGUCAUCUCCAAGUUCAGCUGACGCAGAGUCCCUGCAUGAACACUCAUCAACUUCAACGACACUUCAACCGGCUCUUGCGGACUUCUUUCAUCCUCCAACUUCUUUCCAAUACUUCCGCCGCGAUCUCAUUGUUUUCAAAAACUUUGACCUCCUUCGCGCAGCUGAUCUCUUUGUAGUUAUCAUAAUAUUUUAUGCCACCGCUGUUCCACUGCUGAUUUCCGGAGCAUCAGAAAAUACCGUACAAAUGUUUGUUGUUGGUCAAUGUCUGGCUUGGAGAAUAUUUCAUACCUACGUAUUAGGGGCCAUAUUGGACUUGCAGAGCAAAGAGAAGUUUUGGACGAAACAUUAUAUUAAGUUUGGAGGAAGUGUUAAGGAAGCGUUUGACAAUUGGAAGAGUAUCUACAAUCUUUCCCUUAGCAUGACCUACGUUACCUUCCUGAUAGCAUCAUACAAACUCUAUUCACUUCCUUCUGACUGGACUUACGGCACUGUCCUUCUCCGACACACGCUUGGUAUACUGCUGAUAGCACUCCACGUAUGGACAUCCAUAUCAGUUUUUGAGGAACUUGGAGAUUUUGGCUGGUUUUACGGCGACUUCUUCCUGGAUGAAUAUCCUUCUACACUCUGUUACACUGGAAUUUACAGAUUUUUGAACAAUCCAGAAAAACUUAUCGGACACGCAGCAUUCUGGGGGAUUACGUUGAUUUCCAGCAGUUGGGUUGUAUUCGGAUUGGCUCUGUUUAGCCAGACAUCAAACUUUUUAUUCUUAAAAUACGUCGAGUCACCUCACAUGAAGAAAUUAUAUGGUGACGAGAUACGGAAAGAAGAUGGUGUUUCGAAAACUAUCAGAAGGGUGAAUAUACUCCCUGACAGUGUGCGAGAGAGAAUUGGAGCACCAGAAAUGCGGGCCGUCGGGAGAGUGGUGAAUGAAAUCAGGGGAUCAGUGGUCAAAGAAGUUAGGGGAAGAGUGGUCGAAGCCGCAGAAGCUGUCGGGGAAAUAGUCGAGGUUGCUGGAAGUUUAUUACAGAAAGAACGAGAUAAGCUAAUUAUGAAUAACAGACGAAUCGACACAUCACAAUACUCUAUUGCUCUCGUUCCACCUCGUUCCGCACCACGAAUAUCCUAUAAUCUCGGUACCCCUAUCAAUAUUCGUUGGACUGCUCCAAAUAAUCAUGGACGAAAAGAUUGGAUCGGAUUGUAUAAGAUCGGUGCUAAUAACAGCACAAUUGUGACGACUGUCAGUAGCCGAGGAAGGUAUCACUAUGUUGAUGAUGAUGAGAGAAAUGAAAGGAAUGUAUCUGGAGAAUUGACUUUCAAAAGCGAACAAUUGUUCUGGGAAGUUGGGACAUACGAAUUCCGAUACCACCACGAUGACGAGCAUCUUGUAUUGGCUAUAUCAGCACCGUUUGAAAUAACGACGCCCGUUCUUACUCCAUCUAAUUUAUUCUGCCUUCCGAUUAUCGAGCAGACUCUCCUAAAACUUGUGCAAAAGUCACUGGAUUCUGAUCCCAAGUUGAUUCCUAAAAGUACAAAGGAUGAUUACGAGGUUAUGAAGGAGCAACAUGCAAAGAGAAUAGUGUAUGGAAUUAAUAUGAUUUUCGGUAUAGAUUUUGCAUGGCAAGUGGUGGUCGUUGAUGCAAAUGUAGCGAAACUGGCAAAGAGGAUCUACGAAGCUAUUCGUGUCCUAACGCUCGCUCCAUCUACGAAAUCAGAAAAUCCCGUAGAUUAUGAUAAGAGCUCAGGGGGAGAAAACAUACAAGCGGUUUCAUGUUAG